GACUUAGGUGUAUAGGCAAGCAUCUUUUGUCGUACCCUUUGAAGGGCGCAGCAAUUUAAUAAAUAUAGGGUCUUUCUCCCAAGCCGUUCUAUAUUUUGUAAAAAUCAAAAUAAACAUUUACGUUUAUUAUGUUAACUUGCACAACAAAUCAGCCAUGUAUGAACUUUUUUCUCGUUCAUUUUACUUUUCCUUCAAUUGGUUUAUAAUACACAAAAUUCUUCGUUUUAUUAAAAACGAGUUACGUGUAAACCAAAGAACCUCAAUGGCAGGAGUGAAAGACACGUAAAGAAUUUGCAGUAAAGAACUUGCGAUAAGUAGAUCCCAUAAUAUCAGAAUAUUCGAAUGUAUAAACAUUGCCACAUUUUAAAAUCUAAAACCCGCUAAAAGCACCAACAGAAAAGAUGAAAAGCGUACGUACAGUGCUUUUUUUUCGUUUCGCGCUAUGCCCACUAUUUUGGCGUUUUGGGGUGUCUAAAAAGCACCAUAAAUAGCGCGAAAAGCACUAAGUUGGCAUCGCUGCCCUGAGCUAUGGGCAUCCUCGAAUGAAAAAGUAUAAACAAACCAACAAGAACUCGCAAUGGGAAUAAAAAUCAGUUGUCGAUGAGACACCGACGAAUGAAGACGCGUGUGGCUCUACGCAUUGCUAUCUUUGAUGCACUUAGCGAAACAAUCGUUUCAUUUACAUUUUUUCAUUUCAGCUUAACUACAUGCCAGAAUGCUACAAUCAUAUUUUAUGAUUAAAAAUGCUUUUGACAAUAUUCAAUGCAUUUUAUGUGGUAAAACGUUUAUGCAUAAAAGUUAUGACGUAUUGAGACGUCAUUUUAACAAUUUUCGAACAGUGAAUUGUUUAUUUACAUUUAAUUAAAUAUUUUGUUUAAGUAAGAAUGUUUAUGAAAUAUAGUUUAUUAAACAAAGGUCAGAUUUGUGACCAAAAUUAUCCUUAAAAUCUGCAUACUCCUUAAUGUUACAUCCUUGUUACAUUUGUGUUGCAGAUUUUAACGAUAGUUAAUUCGUUAAGUUGUUUGACGUUUUCCCCACCUCUCAUCAUCACUGUUUUUCUUCCGUUUUGGGAUCUCGAAACGCAAACUACGCUUUUUUGUAAGCUGCGCAUAUUGUUGCAAAAACAGGUAAAAUUGUUACCAAAUUUAUAUAUUUUAUAUUUAUUAAACCAAACUAUUUGACUCUUGGUCAAAUAUAAUUCAAAUUCUAAAAUUAAAGUGUUUUAUUUUGGUUUUCUUUUAUUUACAUUGGCGUAAACAUUGGUCUCUUCGAGCCGCGUAUUGAGUCGGUGUUGUUGGAGCCACUUCUAAUUGGUUUGUUUGCUCUUUUUUAAACAGCAAAACAAAACAUCCCCCCUACAGUCCUUUCAUCAUCAAUCCACUUUCUUACUCAUACAUUUGAUCUCAUCAAAGACCAGUAUCAUGGAAAAAUUAUCUUUCUUUGCUGAUGAUGGACUUAAGGACUACGACGAGCUGCUAGAGGAGAUUGAUAGAGCGACCGCUUCGCCUGUUCCCAGUUCUGCCGCCACCAUCAAAUUGCCGCCUAUUGUACAUGAGGCUAUGGACCUGGUGGAAAAUGAGGCGGUUCCCAAUCCUCCGGCACUGGCACCCCCGACCGACAAACCGAUGGAGUCUUCUACCCUGACUUUGUCAAGACCGGCUGUUUCGGAGUCGACAACAUUUGGUUGCAAUUUGUGCAACGGGACACAUCCCCUUCGCUUUUGCGAAAAGUUUUUGGGCAUGCCGAUUGAAAAGCGGCACAGGGCAGUAGUAAUGUACCACUACUGCAUACGAUGUCUGGCACGGUCCCACCUGGCAAAAGACUGUCCCAGUCGAAAAAGCUGUCGUCUUUGCAACGACAAACAUCAUACGCUGUUACAUGAUGGUCCGCUAAGCCUUCCUCAUAGGCCAAAUUCCCGUCCUGCUCGUAAGCAUCGUCCGUAUCAGAAGCCCAGGGUCCGUCCGAAUAAUCGUUCCGAUACCCGUCCGUCUGCUGAUACAGGUCCGUCCAACUACUCCAAUUUCACUCCCUUAGAGGGGCUGCCACUUGUUGGUGUGGUCUCGCUCUCCCCAAGCCUUGUAGUACACUUAGCAGGUCCUAAGUCGUCUAUUCCCGUCCGUGGACUGAUAGAUCAGUGUGCCAGACAAAGUCAAAUAUGCACAUCAUUGGUACACAGUCUUCGGCUGCCCUGCUUUACCGUUGACAGUAUACGCUAUUGCCGUUUCACUGUUCGUUCGACUCACGAUUCAGCACAGUCAGUGGUAGUGAUGGCGCGAGUCUGCGAUUUGUCACAUGUCUCGACUCCUCCAGAAACGGUGCCGGAGAGGAUUAAAGAGUCGUACCUUGGUCUACCACUUGCGGAUCCGCAAUUUUUCAAAGUGGGACGGGUGGCGCUGAUAUUGGGUCCGGAAUUGUAUUCCAAAAUAAUGACCAGUCGGGUUCAUUUGUUUGUCGGAUUGCCAAUGGCCCAGUAUUCGAUCUUUGGCUGGGUUCUCUCCGGGGUGUGCAGCAACUAACCAGGAUCCUUAUGAUCCUUCGCGGGGUCCCUAAUGGCCCGAGGUCCCGAGCGGCCUCAAAUGUUUCUAGGGUCCCUAAUGGCCCGGGGUUGCUAGUGACUCCGAAUGUUUGAAGGGUCCCUAAUGGCCCGGGGUCUCUUUUGGCCCCGAAUGUUUUACGGGUCCCUAAUGGCCCGGGGUCUCUUAUGAUCCCGAAUGUUUUAUAGGUCCCUAAUGGCCUGGAGUCCCUAGCAACCCCAAAUGUCCUGUUAAAAAAAAAAAAAAAUAAAAUAUAUGUAUACACAUUGUAAAUUUACAUAUUAAUAUAAUGAAUUUAAAAUUGUUAAAAUGAAUUUAUUAUGAUUUUCUGUUUCAACAUCCUGACGAUGUUGAAAGGUGGGCGCCAAAUGUUUAAGUAAGAAUGUUUAUGAAAUAUAGUUUAUUAAACAAAGGUCAGAUUUGUGACCAAAAUUAUCCUUAAAAUCUGCAUACUCCUUAAUGUUACAUCCUUGUUACAUUUGUGUUGCAGAUUUUAACGAUAGUUAAUUCGUUAAGUUGUUUGACGUUUUCCCCACCUCUCAUCAUCACUGUUUUUCUUCCGUUUUGGGAUCUCGAAACGCAAACUACGCUUUUUUGUAAGCUGCGCAUAUUGUUGCAAAAACAGGUAAAAUUGUUACCAAAUUUAUAUAUUUUAUAUUUAAUAAACCAAACUAUUUGACUCUUGGUCAAAUAUAAUUCAAAUUCUAAAAUUAAAGUGUUUUAUUUUGGUUUUCUUUUAUUUACAUUGGCGU